AUGGCUCUACAAAGCCUUGAGAUCUGGGGUCACUGGGGUGCUCCAAACCCAUGGAAAGUGGCCAUGGUCCUUGAAGAAUUGAAUCUUCCUUACAAAGUCCAGUACCUGGAAUUCAGUGAGGUCAAUACCGAAUCAUACCUAAAGAUCACACCCAACGGCCGUCUUCCAGCACUCAAGGAUCCCAACACUGAAAUAACGCUGUGGGAGUCCGGGGCCAUCAUUCUAUAUCUAAUCGACCAAUACGACAAGCAGGGGAAGAUCUCCUACAAAGACUCUCCCGAGAAAUAUCUCACUCAGCAGUGGCUUGCGUUCCAAAUAUCUGGCCAAGGCCCCUACUUCGGUCAAGCCACAUGGUUCGCUCGCUUCCACCCCGAGAAACUCCAAUCCGCAACCGACCGCUACGUAGAUGAGAUCUUGAGGGUCAUCGGCGUGAUUGAGCUGCAACUUGGGAAAAAUGUUGCAGCAUCUAACGGCAGCACAUGGCUUGUCGGUGACAAGUAUACCUAUGCAGAUCUUUCGUUCAAGACCUGGGCGUCCGUUGGCUAUGGUUUGAUGAAGGAGCUGGGGAAGCUGGAGGAGUUGGACAAGUUUCCCAAGUAUAACAGGUGGAUAGCGGAUUUGAAUGAGAUAGAAGGUGUGAAGAAGAUUGAAGAGAUAAUGCACAAGGGGAGAAUUGCACAUGGGUUGAAGUGA